AUGUCAAAAGCUUACGACCGUUUGGAGUGGGGAUUCAUUACUGAAGUAUUGUCGUCCAUGGGGUUUCCGUGCCAAAUGGUUUCCCUUAUUAGCAAAUGCAUUUCCUCGGUUUCCUACAGUGUGUUGAUCAAUGGGCAACCAAGCAAAGUAUUCUCUCCCGAGAGGGGACUCCGACAAGGGGAUCCUCUCUCACCUUACCUCUUUAUUUUGUGUGCUGACGUUCUUUCAGGGCUCUUGAAGAAGGAGGCUCAAUCCAAAAACAUCCACGGGAUCAGUGUGGCGAGGAAGGCUCUUGUCAUAACUCACUUGUUUUUUGCAGAUGACAGUCUGCUGUUUGCAAGAGCAAAUAACAAGGAAGCUGGUCAGAUCCUGGAAAUUCUGCAGAGGUAUCAAUGUUCGUCUGGCCAAAUGGUAAACCUGGAAAAAUCGGAGGUGUCGUUCAGUCGAAACGUGUGUGAAGCUGAUGCAAAUUCGAUCCGUACAAGGAUGGGGGUAAAGACAGUUGCGAACCACUCCAAAUAUCUAGGCUUGCCGGUUGUAUUCGGAAGAUCGAAAAUAGAAGUUUUUGGCAUGGUCAUUGACAGAGUUUGGAAAAAUCUUAAAGGGUGGAAAGAGCGAUUUCUAUCUAGAGCCGGGAAGGAAGUCUUAAUAAAAGCUGUGGCUCAAGCAAUCCCCACUUAUAUUAUGAGUUGCUAUAAGCUACCGGAAACUACGUGCCAUGAAAUUGAAACUCUGUUAGCGAAAUUCUGGUGGGGAUCGCGUGAUGGCGAAAGGAAAGUUCACUGGUUGAGUUGGGAGAAGCUGGCCCGAGCAAAAGGAGUCGGGGGUUUAGGUUUUCGUGGUGUUAGUGGUUUUAAUACUAGUCUUCUUGGUAAACAUUAUUGGAGAUUGAUGUGUGACGAUCAGUCUUUGGUCAGCAGAGUUUUCAAAGGGAGAUAUUAUCCAAGGAGCUCGAUUGAGGAAAGUUCUACUGGCUAUGCUCCCAGCUAUGCUUGGAGGAGCAUUCUGAGCGCGAGAGAAUUGAUUCAUAAAGGCUCCCGCUGGAGAAUCGGAGACGGAGAAAGAGUUCGGAUAUGGCAAGAUAGGUGGAUUCCGGAUGUGGCCGGCUUUAAGUUGCUGGAAACUGUGAGAUUAUUGGACAAGGAGGCAAAAUUUAAGGAGCUAAUUGACAAGGACUUAGGGUGCUGGAAGAAAGAUUUGAUCAGUUCAAUUGCUGAUCCACUCGAAGCUGGGCAAAUAGAAAGCAUUCCUCUCUCCCUCAGGCGCACUGAAGACAAACUGAUAUGGCAUUCCGAAAGAAACGGCGAGUAUUCUGUCCGAAGCGCAUAUCACCUUUGUACCCAAUACAAGCAAGCUAAAUCUCCAGGACCUUCUAACAUUAGCAGCCAACAAUUGUGGAAAGAUAUUCGGAAGGCCCCGAUACACAAUAUAGUUCGGAAUUUUUUGUGGAGGUUAGCAAAAAAUAUUCUCCCCACAAGGGUGAGCUUAUCCAAGAAGGGCAUUAACCUUGAUGAUAUCUGCCCCCUCUGCCUCUCUCUUCCUGAGUCAGCUCAACAUUUAUUCCUCAACUGCGAGUUCUCGCGGCUCGUAUUCUUCUCCUCCACCCUCUGCUACCGAGUCCCACCUGAAACAGAUAUUUGUAAUUGGCUGUCCGAGGUGCUGUCUUGUGGGGAUACUCUAUGUAUUCAAAUGAUUUGCUACCUGGCCUACAAGAUAUGGUGUGCUCGAAAUGAUCUCUUAUUCAAGCAAAAGACAGUGGACCCCCGAGCCGUGGCUGAGUUAGCGUUUGCCAAUGUGUGCGAGUUUAACAUGUGUAAUCCGGAGAUUGGAGCAAAGAGAUCAAGUCCUGUGCAGCCUACUCAAGUUUCUCUGCCAAAAGAUUGUCUUUUCUUGCAGGUUGAUGCAGGCGUUUCCACGGAUGGUGUGGUGGCUUUCGGCUGUGUUUUGAAGAAACAUAACAUGUCUAUUGACCUUGUAGCCAGUAAAAGAGAGAAUUUCCAGGCCGCGCCGAUGGUAGCAGAAAUCUUAGCCAUUCGCUGGAGUCUUCAACUAGCAAAAGAGCUGGAGCUGAAUCGCCUCAUCAUACAGUCUGACGCCCCCACUGCUGUUGACUGUAUCAACGGUGUCGCAAAGGAUGCGGUUUUGGAGCCUAUAGCAGCUGACUGUCGGUUUUUGCUUAACAGUUUUUCUUGUACUUCUGUUAUGUAUAUUAGGAGAAAUGAGAAUGUAGAUGCUCACAAUGUAGCUAGGCUUGGAAAACUCCUUGGCUCAAGAACUUGGUUAAAUGGUUAUCCUGCUGAGGAGACAAUCAUGAACUUUUAUAAUCUCUCUGUUUAA